AUGCAUCUUACCGAGUACCUCUUCCGUCGUCUCCAUCAGAUCAAUAUUCGAUCCAUCUUCGGCGUACCAGGAGACUUCAACCUGACAGCCCUCGACUACAUAGAGCUAUCUGGACUCAAAUGGAUUGGAAAUGUCAAUGAGCUUAAUGCUGGUAUUUCUGCCAUCGUCACUACCUUUGGCGUGGGUGAGCUUUCUGCUAUCAACGCACUUGCUGGUGCUAGUGCAGAGCUUGUCCCCGUCAUCCAUAUUGUGGGACUACCUUCAACCACUGCCAAAGCGAAGAAGCUGCCAUUGCAUCAUACACUUGGAGAUGGUUACUUUGAUCUGUUUAUCGAGAUGAGUGCGCGCAUUUACAGUGCUGUAGCUAUCUUGAAUGACUCCUCUGGAGCGAUUAGAUUGAUUGAUGAAACUAUCAUCCAAUGCUACCAGUCCAGUCAUCCCGUGUAUAUUGGCUUGCCGAUGGAUUUUGUAGGCGUAGAAGUUGAUGCUUCAGCCCUUGAGACCCCUCUCAAUCUCCAACGCAUCAAUUCCAAUCCCCCGGAUCUGGAGAAAGAAGCGGUGAAUGCCAUUCUUGAACGAUUGGACCUAGCCCAGAAUCCAGUCAUCCUGGUUGACAGCUUAGCUGGGAAAUAUGACAGCCUACAAUCAACUCGGGCUUUUGUGAAAGAGUCAGAACUGCCCUGCUAUAUUUUCCCUAUGGCCAAAGGUGUCAUCGAUGAAAGUUUGUCAACCUUCCGUGGCUUAUACUCCGGAGGUGCCUCGGAGGUCGGCGUUCAGCAGCAGAUUCAAUCGAGCGACUUGAUCCUUCUGAUCGGAUCACGAUCUACAGGCAUGAAUACUGGAGGAUUCAAAGACGAUCUGGCAAAUCUUGAUGUCAUCCGAUUUCAGAAAGACGGCAUUGAAAUGAAAAACGUGAAUUUCCCGGGUCUCUGUAUGAAUGGCGUUCUUGAAAAACUAUCGGACCGAAUCUGUUCAUCACGGUCAGACCAUGCCUCUACUCUGUCUAGUGAAAGGUCUUCCUCUUCAGGCGGAGAGAAUGCUCCAUCUAUCUUUGAACUGAGUGAUCCAGGCGAACAUACCCCGUAUGAAAAAUCAGACGUUAACACGCUGUUGACACAAGACUGGACGUGGAAGCGAAUAAGUUCAUGGCUGGAAGAAGACGACAUCAUCGCCAUGGAUGUCGGAACCUCUUUAUUCGGUGCUGUCUGGACUCGACACUCUCGCGGCACCAUUUCUCUGUUCCAGCUGCUAUGGUCCUCCAUUGGAUUUGCAGUAGGUGCAGCAGUCGGUGCGGCCGUAGCAGAGCGCGAUCAGCAAGAAACCAAAAUCUCGUCUCCUCAACGUACCAUUCUCCUCACCGUCAUCUUUAUCGUUUGCAACGAGGGUUAUGCGGUUGAGCGUGCGAUUCAUGGUACGGGCCAAAGCUAUAAUGAUAUCCAGCCUUGGGACUUCAAACUCCUGCCCAUGGUGUUCCAGCCUGAGCCUGGUACUGUAGAGACUUACAGUGUUCGGACGCAGGGUGAGCUUGAAACACUUCUGUCAAACCCGCUGUUUGGGCCAGCUAGUAAUUUCAAUGAGGAUAAGUCCGCACCACUGCGUCUUGUUGAAGUCCACAUGGGGAGAGAUGAUAUACCUCAAUCUAUGGCUGACUGCAUCCGUGGAAUGCAUGGAGGCUGA